AUGUCGUUAGACCACGAGGAGAAGAACGAGAAGAGAGCGAUCACAGAAAAGGUCGAUUCCCAUCCUUCGAGCCCGAUACAGGGGGGAGACAUCCUUGUUCAGACGCAAAAGCCAUUCACCACGCUAUCAGCUAUUGGAAUUGGUUAUGGAGUCACAAACACUGCAGUUGGCCUACUACUUGUUCUGGGUACGGGUAUUCCCAUGGGUGGGUCGCCCGUGGUCUUUUGGGGCUUUCUGGCAAUGGCAGUAGUCGGCCUGGCUACAGCAACGACUCUAUCUGAACUAAUAUCUGCAAUUCCCCACCCUGGUGGCCAGUAUAUCUGGGUAUAUAAAGUGGCCCCGGAGAGAUACCGAAGAGGAUUGUCUUAUGCUACAGCAAUGAUCAGCUGGAUUGCAGCUAUCGCGAUUGGUGCCUCGGGAAAUCUUGCUGUGCCUGUGAACGCCUUUACAAUUGUCACCCUAAUCAACCCUAACUUCGUGUAUAAGCGGUGGAUGGGCUUUGUGGUGUUCCAACUUAUCAAUAUUGUGACGUGUUUUGGUGCCUGCUUUGAAUACAUUCUGCCAAAAAUAUCGAAAGCCUUGUUGCUUGUGAACGUGCUGUCUGUUGGCGCUAUUAUCAUCACUUUGUUUGCUACUGCCAAAACCCACACAAGUGCUAAGGACUUCUUCAAAGUUACAAAUAUAUCCGGGUGGCCAAAUGGUGUAGCUUUUUUGAUUGGCUUGAAUGGAUCCAAUUGGUGUUUUUCUUGCCUCGACGUUGCUACUCAUCUUGCAGAAGAGAUCCCAUCCCCAAGCACGAAUAUUCCAAAGGCUUUAAUUUGGACGAUUGUUAUUGCAUUCAGCAGCGGCCUUCUGAUGAUCUUGGCUGUCCUAGUUAAUAUUGGCCCUAUCAAUACUCCAGAUUAUUCAGGACUUACCGUCUUACACCAUAUCACAGGCAGUAAAGCUGCUGCCAUUGGCCUCUGGGUCCCAGUCCUGUUUCUUGUUUUUGCCUCCGUAUGGUCGAUCCAGACCUGGCAGUCUCGACUUGCUUGGUCACUUAGUCGAGAGUCCGGCUUUCCUUUACAUCGCUAUUUUAGCAAGGUCUUUCCAAAACCCUUCUAUACCCCUAUUUGGUCCUUAAUUGGCUCUGCGAUUGCUCUUGUUUUUUACUGUUUCCCUGUUUAUUCUGAAGUUAUUCCAAGCCAGAUGAAUUAUGUGUCACCAGUUCUUUUGGUAGUUGCCAUUUUCAUUACCUCACUUUGGUUUUUAUACGCAAAGAAACAUUACCAUGUUAUUGAGAUGUAA